AAAAGUCAUAUCAAUUUAAAUGUGUCAAAUCUAAUUCAAUCCGAACAAAAAGAAAAGGAAUCCCAAAUAAAAAUUAUUGCCGAAGAACGAAAGAUUCUGAUACAGAGAGCCAUUCUUGAUAUUCUCAAGCAUAGUAAAACUAUAAAUAUUGAUGAUUUAGCUGAAAGAGUGAUUGACCGAGUUGAAAAUCAUUGUGAUUUCAAAACUAACCUACCUGCAAUUAAAAAAUGCGUUGAUGUUUUGUUAGAAAAGGAAUACAUUGAAUGUCAAGAAGGAAAAAAUGAC